AUGAUGAUGGACUUCAUCAGCACUAACGGCCUCGACUUCUCCGGGACAAAGCAUGCAGGAGAUGACAGGUCCACAGUUGUGCUGGAUGCUGAUGUAGUGGCACUGUACCAGCAGGCUCUGGCGCCUGAGCGAAGAGGGCGGGCCGCCAUGAACGGGUCCGCGGGCGUGAUGAACGCCUCUCUGGGGCCACCUGCGCUGCCCGAGGGCCGCUACUCCAUCCCGGAGAUGGUGCUGAUCGCCAUCGUGGCCGGCUUCCUCAGCCUGGUGACGGUGGUCGGCAACUCCAUGGUCAUGAUCUCCUUUAAGAUCGACAAGCAGCUGCAGACCAUCAGCAACUACUUCCUGUUCAGCCUGGCGGUGGCCGACUUCGCGAUCGGCCUCAUCUCCAUGCCGUUGUUCACGGUGUCCACGCUGCUCGGGUACUGGCCCCUGGGGCCGCACAUCUGCGACACGUGGCUGGCGCUCGACUACCUCGCCAGCAACGCGUCCGUGCUCAACCUGCUCAUCAUCAGCUUCGACCGGUACUUCUCGGUCACGAGGCCGCUCACGUACCGCGCCAAGAGGACCAACAGUCGGGCGGCCAUCAUGAUCGGCUGCGCGUGGGGCAUCUCGCUGCUGCUGUGGCCGCCGUGGAUAUACUCGUGGCCUUACAUCGAGGGCGAGCGAACCGUCCCCGACGACGAGUGCUACAUACAGUUCAUCGAGACCAACCACUACAUCACGUUCGGCACUGCCAUCGCCGCCUUCUAUGUGCCCGUGUCCGUCAUGUGCAUCCUCUACUGGCGCAUCUGGCGCGAGACGGAGAAGAGGCAGAAGGACCUGCCCAACCUGCAGGCGGCGGGCAAGAAGGACAGCAGCAAGCGGUCCAACUCCAGCGACGAGGCGGUGGACCUGGAGGACUGGAAGAGGUCGCGCUCGGAGUCCAGCACGGCCGUGGACGAGAUCGACUCCACGUACAUGUCGAACGCCCAACAUGUGGCGACAUCUGUUGUUGAAAAGCAGAACUACAUGCAUAAAGACUCGCGGCCGCUCAGCUGGCGCUGGGUGCGCGACUGGUGCGUGGCGUGGUGGCACAGCGGCCACGAGGAGGAGUACGAGGACACGGCCAGCGAGAUGGGCUACGCCACGCCCGUGUCCGUGGAGACGCCGCUGCAGUCGAGCGUGUCGCGCUGCACCUCGCUCAACGUGAUCCGCGACCCGUACGCCGGCCAGCAGCCGCCGCAGCAGACGCCCACACGCCACCUGCAGCAGCGGCUCGCCGCGCGCUCCGUCUCCAGCGACUCGGUGUACACAAUCGUGAUCCGGCUGCCGCCCGACACGGCGAGCUGCGACAACGGGCCCGACCAGCCGUCCAUCAAGAUGAUCGCCGACGACGCGGGGGCGCCGCGCGGCGUCGCGGCGCAGCGGCGGGUGGACAGCGCCGACUACAGCCUGAGCCUGCACCCGGCGGGGCCCUUCUCGCCCGCCUCGCCGGCCGUCAACCGGCGGCCGUCGCACAUGCCCGACGUGCGCAUCCCGCUCAACGCCAAGAUCAUCCCCAAGCAGCUGGCGGCCGGCUCCAAGGCGCUGCUGGGCUCGGGCCCCAAGCUGCAGCACCCGCACAAGAAGAAGAAGAAGACGCAGGAGAAGAAGCAAGACAAGAAGGCGGCCAAGACGCUGUCCGCCAUCCUCCUCACGUUCAUCAUCACGUGGACGCCGUACAACAUCCUGGUGCUGCUCAAGCCACUGACCGCCUGCACCGGCUGCAUCCCGCAGGAGCUCUGGGACUUCUUCUACUACCUCUGCUACAUCAACAGCACCAUCAACCCGGUGUGCUACGCUCUCUGCAACGCGUCCUUCCGCCGGACCUACGUGCGCAUCCUCACGUGCAAGUGGCACAACCGCAACCGCAGCGCCAUGAACCGUGGCUUCUACAACUGA